AUGAGUUCGGCAACGGCCAUUCUCACGUCACUAUCGGAUUUAACCAACAAACCACAAUUGGAACAUUAUGAUCCUAAUAUUUGUAGGGACAUUCAUAUUAAGCUUGAUAAAGAAGCCCGUGAGCAAGGUUUAACCUACCAAGAGCGGUUUGAAAUGGCACGAAAAAAUAUGUCUGUUUAUAAAAAAUGGGAAACCAUAUUUCCUAGUGGUAUCUCUAAAUGUCUAUGGGAAUAUUGGAAAGAACGUAUGAGUGCGGCACCACUCGAUCCACGUUUUCCUAAUGUCAAUCAAACGAAGCGAUGCUGGGUUAAUUAUGUUGAUUAUCAUCGUUGUAUGGAAAUGAAGAACGAUGAAAAAGUAUGCAGCUACUUUAAAUAUCAUUACAAGGAAUUAUGUCCACCAGAAUGGGUUGAUAAAUGGGAUGAUCAAAUGACCCGUGAAGCUUUUCCUGGCAUUCACGAUUAG